AUGAUCCACUCUCAGCAGCCCUGGGAGAGCGUCUGUGCAAAAAAACUGGGCAGCAGCAGCAGCAGCAGCAGCAGCAGCAGCGGACGGUUUGCCAACGCUACUUUGGUGCGUCUGUCUGAGUUUCUGAGUUCAGGAUAUAAGAAAGGCGUGAGGCCGGUAAAGGACUGGAGGACGUCCACCAUCGUUGCUAUAGACCUCAUGGUUUACUCCAUUCUCAACGUGGAUGAGAAGAACCAGGUUUUGACAACAUACGUGUGGUACAGACAAUCGUGGACGGAUGAAUUCCUGGUGUGGAAUCCGGAGGAUUUUGAGGAAGUCAAACAAGUUUCUCUUCCCACAGCUAACGUGUGGGUCCCCGACAUCCUCAUCAACGAGUUCGUGGAUGUGGGGAAGUCUCCAGACAUCCCUUACGUCUAUGUCACACACGAUGGGCUGGUGCGAAACUACAAGCCCAUCCAAGUUGUCACAGCCUGCACUCUCAAUAUCUACAACUUCCCGUUUGAUGUCCAGAAAUGCAGCCUCACCUUCCAAAGCUGGCUGCAUACCAUUGAUGACAUAAACAUCACUCUGAUGCGAAGCCCUGAGAAGCUGAGGGACGACAAGAGUGUCUUCAUGAACCAAGGGGAGUGGGAGCUCCUCCACAUCCUGUCCAAGUACAAAAUCUUCAGUGUGGACAAUGACGACUAUUAUGCAGAGAUGAAGUUCCAUGUGGUGAUCCGGCGGCGGCCAUUGUUUUACACCGUGAAUCUGCUUCUGCCCAGCAUCUUCUUGAUGGUGAUGGACGUUGUUGGCUUCUAUCUGCCGCCAGACAGCGGAGAAAGAGUUUCCUUUAAGAUCACUUUGCUGUUAGGCUACUCGGUCUUCCUCAUUAUUGUGUCUGACACUCUGCCUGCCACAGCCAUAGGAACGCCACUGAUAGGCGUGUACUUUGUGGUCUGCAUGGCCCUGCUGGUGAUCAGCCUGACGGAAACGGUUCUGAUUGUGCGCCUGGUUCACAAGCAGGACCUGCAGCCGCCGGUUCCCCAUUGGGUGAAGUACCUGGUUCUGGAAAGAGCUCCUGUCCUUUUCUGCAUCCGCAAGAAGCACCGCCUCUGUUCCAGACUGUCCUCCCAGGCCUCAGACCUGGAGCACUACAAGGAAAACAACUAUGGGACAGCCCAGUGCACCCUCCACCAUACCUGUGAGAUGGGCCAAAGGCACAGCCAGCAGGAACGAGAUGUUGGGAUGCUUGGAUUGCGUCCCCCCUCAUCCAGGGACAUCAACCCACCGGUCAUGGACAACAUCCUGCAGGAGGUGACGGCAAUACGCGGCUUCCUGGAGAAGAGGGACAGGUGCCGGGAAAUUGCCAAGGAAUGGCUCCAAGUCGGCUACGUGUUGGACGUGCUGCUGUUCAGAGUCUACUUGGUGGCCAUUGUGGCCUACAGCAUCACACUGGGCACCUUGUGGUCAGUUUGGCAGGUCGCCUGAGCGUUGCUGCUUUACUGAUGUGAAUGUAAACUCAGUGGAUGUCGCAUUGCUUGAGUUAGUGGCUCUAUCCGCUACAAAGCAGUGGGAAAUAAAGGGGUCCUCAAAAAGUAAUUUAACUGGCUAAACGUCUACAGUAUGAGGGCUCUAUUGGCUUUCAGUGGCAGGUUUGAUGUGAUGACAUUGCUUUGGGCAUUUAUGUUUUACGCCAGAUCACAUACGUAGAGGGUCUGCGGCACUAAAGUACAAUGGAGAUGCUUCUAGGGGUUUAAUGGAAAUCGUCGGUUAAAGACAAAUGAUGUUAUUACAUCCAGAUAAAACAUAUAUGGAUAAUUUUAAAGUUUGUAUUGAAAUAAAAAAAAUCUAAGAUUUAUUCAUCUUCAUCUAACCAGGUCAAACCCAUUGAGAUCAGCACACGUCACAAAGAAGAAUAACAAUAAUAUAAUAAACGUAUACGGUUGGAAUUUGAAUUCUAAAUUUAAAAUUAAAGAAAAAAAAGUGACAUAAACGUGAAAAAAUAUCAGAAAAAAGGUUGGUGCCAUAAAACAAAAGUAAAACAUUAUGAAAAAAAAACACUAAAAUAUACAGUACAGCUUUCACAUACUAUCCUCUUGGUCAGUUAUUUGGAAAAAUAUUUGGAAAUUAAAUAUAAAUGAAAAAAUAUCAAAAUGUUAUGGAAUUGGUGAUACUGGGAGACAUUUAAGUGUUAAUAUCUUUAUGUGUAAUGCUCUAUAUGCACAACUUGGAAGUAAAUAUAUAAUGUAGUGCAAAAAUAUUUUUGGCUCUCUCUGAGAUGAUAAAUUGUGCUAAAAAAUGCUAAAACAUUGCAAAACAUGGUGUCAAUGUUCAAGAGUGGGAUGGGUGGGCAUUGUAUGUGUUUUAUAUAUAUAUAUAUAUAAAUUAGAUGUAACAAACUAUUAAACUUUACUGGUAAUGUUUUUUGUUUUUGUCAUUUGUUGAAAUUAUGUACUAAAAAUUACUUAUUUAGCCACAGAAUGAAACCUCUUAAAAAAAACUUAGCUUCAUGGAUUGUAUUAUCAAAAAAAGUCCAACUUUUAUUACAGUAAUUUUUUAACAAUAAAAGUAGUCCUACUUGUUACAGGAAAAUUAAACUGCUUGUUAUGCAUUAUAAAUUUAAAUGAUCAUAAACGUUAUUAUACAUGGUUUAAUGAUCAUGAAACAGUUGCUGUAAAACUGGGUCAUUAGAAUACGUUUAGCACAGAUCAGAUGUUAUUUGUUGUAUACAGUAAUAUUACAACAGAGCACUGUUGUACACCGAUAAAAAUACAGAUAAAAAUAAAAAAGGGAACUCCCUGAUCUUGGCUCUUGGCAAACCAAAAAUUCCAUUUUGAGUUAAACAGAUUUAAAAUACGCAUACGUUUAUAACGUCAGCAUAUUAUAUAGAUAUGCAGCCAUGAGCAAAACUCAACAUUUUUAAUUUUUUCAUCCUUCAGAGGAGCUUCCACAACCUGUAGUUCUUCACAUCCGCCACAGGAGGGCACUGUGUACAACUGCAUCACUUUUGUCGAGCAGGAAAUAGACAGCCCUGUGGACCAUGUUAAGUCACACUUUUGGUGUAAAAGCUUUUUUUUAAAUUUUUUUAUAUAAAGUUGCAAAAUGUAUUAAUGCUUAUUAGUAGUACAGCCUUCAGAUGUAUACAUUGCACAAUUGUAUUUUUUAAUACUUCUGACAACAGGAUAAAAAUCUUCAUGACUAA